UAUUGGCAAUAAACAUUGCCUCAAUGAAAUUGGCCUUGACGCCUCGAUGCUGAUGUCAAAUGAGGCUCGGAAAUGUCAAAUUUAAAACAUCUUUCGUACGAUAGAUCAAUUGUAGGUGACAUAUAUUCAUAGAAAACGUAAUUAAUGAGUUGGCGAAAAUUCUGUUUAAACAUAAUGGGCCAAGACGAAAAAACGAACAAAUUUGAAAUAGAUACAGACGACGAAGUUACUGAAAGCGAUGAAACCGUCUCGACGGAAAAAAGUUCCAGGAAUAUCGGUACUUCUCACAAACUAUUUUACAAGUGGCUGCCAGAGGGAUGCCUCAAAUUCUUCUUCUUGUUGCUUAACAGCGUGGCACUCCUCGCAGGUGUAACAGCGAUAACGAUGUCUGUCUUAAUGUUGACUGAUACGAACUUCACAUCUAGAUUGGUGGGUCAACGGCUUUCCAUGACGAUUUUAUUAAUUCUAGGAGUGUUUGUAUCUUUUGUAGCUUUUACCGGAAUUAUAGCAAUUGCGAAGAAAAAAGAACACUUCAUGAUUUUCUAUGUAAUAUGUCAGUCAGUCGCUCUCUGUGCCGUAUUUGUAUCGUUGACACUGAGUUUCCCGUUUUUCGAUAAAAUUACGAAAAACAUUCGAAAUGAUAUGAUCGACUCUAUGAAAAGUUAUCAUUCGUUAGAUUGGGCUCCGAAAGCAUGGGACAACACUCACAAAUAUUUAAACUGCUGUGGAAUUAGAUCAUCCAAAGAUUGGUUGGAUUAUCAAAUGGACAUUCCGCGAAGUUGUUGUGCUACAGUAAUUAAACAAUGUCUGCACAUGACAGAGGAUGUGUCUUAUAAAUCUGGCUGCUUAAGAGGGGCCAUAGAGCUAUUAAAAUCGUACGUUCAGACUGCCUCUAUUUCCACGCUUGUCAUAUUUCCACUUCUGUUAAUUAGCGUGUUUUUAGCGCUUGGUUUACGAAAAGGACUGAAGAUGAAUCGUUUGACAAGAGACGAAGCGACUUAUUGAUUCGCGAAGACACAUCGAGGGUGAACGUGACUUAGAAGUGAAUGACAAGU